AUGGCUCUACGAACCCUCGCGUUUGCUAAAACCCUAGUUGCGAUAUCCAGCACUCGAGCUGUGUGCAUUCUAUCAGUUAAUGGCGCCAUAUCUAAUGUUACACUUCAGCAGUGUGCAACAUCUGGUGGAACUGUCACAUACGAGGGACGAUUUGAGAUCUUAUCUCUUUGUGGUUCAUUUAUGGUUUGUGAGAGUGAUGGGCAAAGAAGCAGGACUGGUGGUUUAAGCGUGUCACUUUUAGGGCCAGAUGGUCGUGUUUUAGGUGGUAAUGUGGCUGGCCUUCUCACUGCUGCAUCACCCGUUCAGAUGAUUGUUGGUAGCUUUGUUCCUGCAAGUCAGAAACAAAGAAAAACAGAGGCGAAAAUAGUCAACACUACUCCCGUCAAUGUGGGGACCACAAGCGGAUCUUCAGGUGGAGGGAUCGGGAGCCCGCUAGUCCACAGUAACAACAGUAAUCCACAAGGUAUGGCUAAUAUGCCUUGGAGGUAACUAAAUGUCUAAAUCCCAUUUGUUUGUGUUGUAAGCAACAUAACAUAACUCUCUAUUAGGAAGGAGAAGGAACCUUGUCUUUUUUUUGGUUAAGUUUCUAAAUUAGUGUGUAAGGGUAGUUGUAUGCCAACAAACUUACUGUCUUAUUUAAUUCGGAAAUAUGUGGUGUAAUUUGCAGAAAGAACAUCACAUGG